UGGCGGAGGCGUGGUGUGAUGGGGGGCGUCAGUGGAUGAGCUCGGACUCUGGUGUUUCUUCUUCAGUCUGCAAACGUCAUGGCUCAGCUGGUCGAGUGUGUCCCAAACUUCUCCGAGGGUCGAAGCCGAGAGGUGAUCGACGCCAUCUCGGCGGCCAUCUCCAGCACCAUCGGCUGCAGCCUGCUGGAUGUCGACCCCGGAGCCUCCACUAACCGCACCGUCUACACCUUCGUGGGUUCUCCUGAGGCGGUGGUGGAGGGGGCGCUGAACGCUGCCCGUCAGGCCUUCAGCCUCAUUGACAUGAGCCGACACUCAGGUCAGUGAGGCCCUGCAGCCACACG